UCCAGCGUCGGCAUCCGGUUAUAGAUCGACCUAGACCUCGAUGAUCACCAAUUCAUGAACGCGGUCUUCGCAGCGCACAAGCACCGCGCUGUUGAUUUCGUCGAACUUCGUCGUCGUCACGUGCUUCUGGAUCUGCAGCACGGAACUGUCGCGAAGAACGCUAGUUAGUCCAAACAAGAGGUGUUGUUUCGUUGCGGGCUUGAAGGCUUUGACCAUAUCAACCAGCCAGCAUGAAAGGGCCUCGCUGACAUACGCUAUCCGUAUUUCGGAUAAUCAGACAAGUGAACGAUCGGCCCGAGUGAAUCACACACAGAGCAAGCGGGCAAUCUUCGAGGUUCCGACGCGUGCUGUCACAGUUUGGCGCCAUUGAAACAUUGCUCAGCGUAUCCGAUCGUCGAACAAACGCCUGCACCUAUUAGACGGUUCGACAACCCCAGACGGCCGGCCCGGGAUCGAUCUUAGCUCAGAGGGCGCGUUUUGAGCCGGUUUUCUGACGGUGCUCCUUUUUCGAAAGCUUAAUUGAUAGACCAGACACUGUCAGUCCAAAUGGAGGAUAUUAUGAGAAGUGCCGUCCGCCAGUCUCAAGAACAAAGGUUCUUUCUGUUUACAUGUGUGCGCUACGUGUAUACAGGCUGAUAUGAUGAAGAUACAAUUUAGCCUGUGUUGUCUGGCGCUUUUCUCGCCAUGUCUCGCCGUUCAGUCCCUCUUGGACAUUGGAUACGACUUUUGUGCCUCGAAUGCCCUCUUUUCCUCGAUAAAUCCGUUGUGCGCGAAGCCACAGACGGCUAACGUUCAGCUCCCCAUAAUCCAUGGCUCGGCUUCCAAACCCGAAGAGGUGUUGAAGUCGUCUCGAUAUGACCAUCACCAUCACGAAGACCAGAUAGGACGGCAGUCGCUGUGGUCAACAUCGCCGAGAUGUCUUGCCCAUUACAACGAGACGACCAAGUACUGCGUGUACACAAGCCAGUCCUUCGCCGCUAACCGGGGCAUAUCCAUUUUCGCCAACUCUGACCACAGCGACAAGUAUGCUCGCCUCCAAGGACUCUCUGACCCGGCCGUGGUGGAGGGAUGCAACGCAGAGACCGACCCUCGCUUUACCUCGCAGCCGAUUCCAGGCAAAGGGUUGGGCCUCGUAGCGUCGAGGCCGAUUAGCAGAGGAGAGGAGCUGUUUCGAUCGACGCCCGUCGUGAUCAUCGAAGAAGGGCUGGACGAGCUGUUCGACGAGAGCGACAGGCUGCCGUUCUACCACCUUGCCAUCAAACAGCUGCCGGACGGCUCGAGGAGGCUGUUCCACGACUUGAUGGGGCACUUUGGCGGGGACGUGGUGGAAGAUAUCAUCAACACGAACUGCUUCGCCGUCGCGCUGCACGUGGGCGCAGACGACGACGAGGCCGUCGCCGCCACCGCCGUGUUCCCCGAGAUGUCGCGGAUGAACCACGACUGCCGUCCAAACGCGCACUACUACUUCGACCCGGAUACGCUCACGCAGCACGUCCACGCGCUGCGCACCAUCCUUCCCGGCGAGGAGAUCACGGUGUCGUACAUCAACCCGGCCCAGGUGUCUGCGCACCGCAAGGAGGCGCUUCGCUCGUCUUGGGGCUUCUCGUGCGGCUGCAACGCCUGCACCGCGCACGCGCCCAUCCGCGAGGCCAGCGACCGGCGCGUCGAGGAGAUCGAGCGCCUGCAGUCCAUGCUCGGCGACUACAGCGCGGCCAGCCCGAUCGCGGAUUCGGAAACGGGGACGAGAGUCGCGGACCUGCUGAUCGAGCUGUACCGGCUCGAGGGGAUGCUGGGUCCGAUCAGCGAGGCGUACGCUUAUGCUGCUUUGGAGUACAACUCCGCACAGAGGAAGUGGGAGGCGAUCAAGUACGCGAACAUGGCUAUCGAAGCGGGCUUGCUCUAUGGGGGACCUAAGGAUGGCGACGUGCAGAGCAUGAUGGAGCUUGUUCGGUCGCCAGAAGAGCACUGGAGUUGGGACUACAGGGCGAGAGUGCGAUGGCAGGAAGGAUAGCCUCCAGAGGAACCAUGGGAUACCACUUUUCUCUUCGGAGAAGUAUCUUGAGCAUCGUCGUUCAAAGAUGGGUGCAAAAUGUGCCCUAUAAUGAACAUCAAAAAAUGAAAAAAGAAAAGAGAUGCAAGAGAUCAUGCG